GCCAACUUUAUCACCCACUCAAAUAGGCUACGGCUUAGGUUCGCCACACAUUCGCAUAGCGGGUACAGCGCCGGCAAAAGAGGGUUCAAGAUAUCGUACAAGACUAAAGUGUGGGAUACAAACACUGAGUUCCUAUUGGCCGCUCACAACGCUAUCGCGAGGGUCCGCUCAAACCGGACCAAAACCAUAGCGUUUAACGGACACCGGGUGUCACAUCUCAUUGACCACGACAUGGGGCGCCACCGAGUAAUCUGGUUUGACCGGCAAAAGCACCGCUUUGUCUACAUGAUAACAUCUGGCAACUCUACCACAACCACUGGUCAACAACAACAGCGGGAAGUCUACGCGGGCGCCGCCGGACGGCCAAACAGUCUGGCCGUCGACUGGAUCCGAGACCGGCUCUAUUGGCUGGACAUCAUGUCUAAGACAAUCAAACUCUUGGAUUUUGCUGAUCCCAAGACACAGGUGUAUACCGUGUGCGACGCCGGCGGCGAUAAUCCCCGCGAUCUGGUACUGAACGUUGCCGUCCGGGCACUGGUCUGGAGUACAAUCGGCACAUCACCCCAACUGAUCCAAUCGCAACUCGACGGCAGUAAUCAGACAGCGCUGUACGACUCCGGACGACAGGCCUAUCAUCUGACGGUCGACUAUCAACGGCGGCGGUACUUCUUCGUGGACAUCGAUGACUGGUUUCUGUAUUCAAUUGACUUUUUGGGAUCAGACGAACGGAUGUACAUAAAGUCAAGGGAGUUCUUCGACGCCGUGCACACAAUGUUCGCCCUAAACGGUGACCUAUACCUGGCCAACGAGCACAUGGUGUACAAAAUACCCGAGAUUGAGCUCCGGAUCGAGAGCGUACAGGUGCUCUACAAGAGUCACCGCUUUAAUGUGACCACAACUGGUCAGACCGGUUGGUCACCGACGGUGGUAGUGGUCGCCGACCAGUCCGUUGAUAUCGAUCGCCAAGAGAUUAAUGGUUUCCGUAUUGCGGAUCCGGCGUUACAGCCGAUGGUCAAUGACUCGGCCAGCGAUGGCUGUCUAUUGGCCACCAAUUGCCCGAACCUAUGCCUACCGGCCGCUGGUCUGGAAUACAGGUGUCUGACACCC